UCAACUCAAAUUUGAUUAAUUAGUUUAGCUUGUUAAAUUUGUCCCAAUUUUGACCCAGAUUUCAAUAUAUAAAAUAUAUUUCCAAAUAAUAAAUGUAUCAUAAAAUUGUCUGGCAUCUCUGGUGGAUUUUUAGACUAGGGAUAUAACUGAAUAUGAAUACAUUAUAUAUUACAUACAGUGCUAUGAAAAAGUAUUUCUUCUGUUUUAAAUCUUCAAAUGAAAUACAACAUAAAAUAAUAGGCAACUUGAGUACCUAUCACCAAUGUGAAAAACUAAUUGUCCCAUUAAAAUUAAAAUUGGUUUGUGCCACCUUUAGCAGCAAUAACUGCAACCAAACGCUUCCGAUAACUGGAGAUCAGUCUUUCACUAGGACUAGGACUUACUCCUAUGUUUUGGAUUAUUGUCUUGCAUAAUCCAUUUGCGCUUGAGUUUCAAUUUACGGAUUCCUUUAGGAUUUUCUGGUAGAGAGCAGAAAUCAUUUUUCCCUCAUUUAUUGCACGUUGCCCAGGCCCUGAAGCAGCAAAGCAUCCCCACACCAUCACACUGCCACCACCAUGCUUGAGUGUAGUUAUGAUGUUUUUUUUUUUUUGGCUUAUGCCAGAUGUAACGGGAUGUAAGGUGUGUUUUGCCAUAAUUCAGACGCGCCUUAAUGUUCUUCUGGGUUAGCAGUGGUUUUCGUCUCAAUAUUCUUCCAUGGGUGCCAUUUUUGCCCAGUUUAUUUCUAAGAUAAGAUAAGAUAAUUAUUAAUCCCCAGAUGGAGAAAUUUGUGUAUAGUGGAGUCAUGAACAGUGACCUUUAUUGAUGCAAUUGAGGCCUGUAGGUCCUUUGAUGGUGUUUUUGGCUCGUUUGUGACUUACUGGAUGAAUUGUUGCUGUGCUCUUGAAGCAAUUUUGGAAGGUCAGUCAAAAUUAGGUUCACUACUGUGCUGAGUUUUUUCCAUUUGGAGAAAAUGGCUCUCACAGUGGUUCUUUGGAGUCCCAGAGCCUUUGAAAUAGCUUUAUAACCCUUUGUAAAGUACUAUUUAUUGAACUUAUUGAUUUGAUUGAAAGGGGUUUGCAGUAAUCAGGCCUGGUUGCGUCUAGUCCAGCUGAACCCCAUUAUGAAUGCAGUUUCAUAGAUUUGGGGAAUUAGUAACUAUGGGGGCAAAUACAUUUUCACACAGGCCCAGGUGGUAAUGGAUAGCUUUUUAGCUGCAAUAAAUAACAUUAUCAUUUAAAAACUGUAUUUUGUGUUUACACAGGUUGCUUUUGUUUUAUCUUAGAUUUUGCUUUCAUUUCUGAAACAAUUUAGUAUGAGAUAUACACAAAAACAGAAGAAAUCAGAAAUCAAGCAGAUACUUUUUCAUAGCACUGUAAAUAAAUAAAUAACCCUUCCAGUUUAGGUCAUACCCACUUUGGGUUUAAAUAUGAAUGCAGAUAUGGACAUUUGUAGCUAUAAGAAGAUACCGAUACAGAUUGUGGAAUUAUGUAUAACCCCUGGUAAAUGCUACAUUCCUAGAAAAACAGUUCCUACAGUGGAUUUUUCUCCUAGAAUCACUUUUAAAAGCUGGAACCAUUAACCAUCCAAAGAACACUUCGAGAAACAUUUUUGGCAAGAGGGCCCAAAACAAUGCAGUUUCCUGCUUUUCCUUACCAGGUAGGAAAGGUACAGUAGGUGAAGUGCAUUAUGCAUAUAUUGUAACUCUUUAGUUAAGGUUCCACACAUUACUGAAUGGAAGGUUAUGAGUUUGAAUUCCACAACUGUUCAUCAACUCAAAUGAUGGCAAGUUAUGCCAUUGCAAGCAAUUCCAAGCUGAAAAGUUUUAGUUAUUUCUCUGGAUCGGAAUCUGCCACAGUUGCUGUUGUUUAGAGCCUGGGCUACGAUGUUCAUGUGGCAAUCAGGUUUUUUUUAAUGAUUUUUUUUUUUUUCAUGCAUUGGUCAUUUGUUUGAUUGCUCAGUCACAAACACAGGUAAUGAAUGGGGCACUUUUGUAGGCAAGUUCUGAUUACACCAAUCAGCCAUGACUGUAUCCAUCAUAAAAAGCUUUUUGAAAUCAGUCAAAUGAUUAGCAAUCUGCAGUCUGGAAUAGGUAACAUUUAAUGAGAUGAAGUAUUCAUUUUAAAAUGUCUUUAAAAACAUUUUGUUGUUUUUAUAUUUCACUUUGCCAAGCACAGCUGCAAAACUAUAAUCAUAUAUUGUAAUGUAGUAACCUUAGUACAACUCAUAAUGCAAGACUUUUUGGCAGCAUGGCAUGUGCUUCAGAGCAGACUCUAUUCUAUCACUGUUGUUGUUGUGGUUUAAAACUUACUACCCUACUGUUGGUCUGCCUGAGAAUGACUUGGACCUAAAUGAGGAAGAUUAAGAGCCUGCUGAGUGGAUUCCCAACAAGUAGCUGGACUGGAAAAACCAACUGCUGUCAAGAGCCCUCCCCUCCUGCCCACAAAAUAAUAUUGACAAAUGUGUGUGGGGCGCUUGUCCCAGGAGUGGCAUGUCAGUCUUUUACUGCCAGUUAGUCUGGCCCUGCUAAAUAAUCUGUUGACAGAAGCCUGACCAUGCCUAAAGCACUGGAGUAAUGGCUGCUUCUUACUGCGACUGCACCUCAUCCUAUACCUGCCAGAGACAACUAUAUGAAUGCAGAAUAUCCCAGCAGUCCUUGGCGAGUACGUUAGAGAGUGCUGGGAGGAUGUUCCUAUGGGCUGGAACCAAAGGACCCCAGGGAUCAGGAAAUGAAAGGACCAUUUAUCAAAAGAUCAGAGAAUAUGACAUUCUGGACAAGAGGAAGACAGUGACAGCACUGAAAGCAGGAGAGGACAGAGCUAUUCUCCUUGGCCUUAGCAUGAUCUUCUUUUCUGUCAUGAUGUACUUUGUCCUGGGCAUUACAAUGGUGCGGUCAUAUACAGACAGUGUGUGGACUGAGGAAUCAAGCUGUACCGUGCUAAAUUCAACAAUUAUUGGGGAGAUUAACUGUAGCUACAGCUGUGGUGCAGAGUGCUGGAAGAGUUCCAGAUACCCGUGCCUGCAGGUGUACAUCAGCCUGAACUCAUCAGGCCGAAUAAUGAGACUGUCCCACAAUGAGGAGGCCCAGGAGGCCAAUCCUGAGUGUUUCUUUGUCCCUAAGUGCCGUAAAGACCAUGCAAUGAUGCACGCCUUGGUACUGAACAUCUCCGAGCGCCUGAAGGUCCAGCAGCAGGUGCGUUGUUACACAGACCCAACAGAGCAGCAGGACAGCGCCAUCCUGAUGCGCCUCUAUGGUCGUGCCGCCAUUCUCUCAUCGCUGCUGUGGCCUACGUGCACAUUUGUGAUUGGCGUGCUCAUUGUUGCCAUGGUCAAGCUCACACAAUACCUUUCCAUCCUCUGUGAGCGGAUAAGCCGCAUUAAGAGGUGAGCCGGACUGCCAUUGAGUCUUGAGAUGGAUCAAUGGAAAGAGAGAGAAAAUAGAGUGAAAGAGAGCAACAACUCUCUAACCACUAUGUUCCUCGCAGGACUGGUCUCUCUCCUCUUGCAUCUGCCUCGCACUCCAGGGAGGGUAGCAAAAAGUGCAGCGGAACCAUGCUGGACGGGAUUUGAAUGGAAAAGGAUCCAAAGAUGAAAGGUCAAAAGUGGAACGAUAGACAGCUUCAUUGGCUAAGCCCAGUUUUCUACACCUCUAUAAGCAGCACAAUCUUUUAAGGAAUAGAGAGACUAAUGCCCAGUGGUGUUUGAUGUGCCUCUGCCCUGCUGUACACUUUGCUAAUCAAUCCAUAUUGUGGUGACAAGGACAGACAUUUGUCUUGGACAACGUCAAGCUUUCAGAGACUGAAAUUUAUGGUUGAAGCUGUAUAGCACAGGUUGGGUCAAGUCCAAAUGAAUAAAACCUAAGAAUCAAAACAAGCGUCGAUUAUAUUCGGUGACUAGCGGAGCCUACAUUAAACUUUUCAUAUCUGGUCUUUUUAAUGCCUGGUCUGGCCUGACCUUCGAAUUUACUGACUAGAAAAAUAUCGCACACCAAGUCCACUGAACAUGAUUUACUCAUUCAUGACUCUCUUAAAAAAUGACAUUUAUGAAGGUUCAGCAGGUGCACGGACAAGUUGAUAAAUGAAGCGUAAAUAACACAUUAAAUGAAUAAGCAUAAAUCUGUAACCAAGUAAUAACAUUUCUGAUUGCGCAACAGCCACUUAUUUAUAGUCUCAUGUUCUGUUCAGAUCUGAUCAAUGUUCAGUAAUUUCCACAUGAAAGCAAAUUCCACAGCUCUGCUUAUUUUCAGAAAAUCAAUAGCUUAAAUUACUGGAGCAUCAAUAAGACCUAAUGGAAUCAUACUUUGUCCUUGAUGACCAUUCAAGUCUGUAAUUAAUUCUUUAAUGGGUUCUAUAGUUUCUUAGUGGGGAACCAAUAAAUGUAACACAGAUCAAUACCAAUUUAUAUCAAGGAACUUCAUUAAACUGGUUGUAUUCUUAAAUGCAUUACAGAGGUGUGUACAUUAAAACUAGAUUUUAUUUGUCACCAUAAAAGUGCCUGAGAGUUGACUUUAUAAUGUGCCUAAACUUCAAUGAUCAUGUACAUUUCCUUUUGAUACUUUGAGGUCUUGUUAAAUCUACUCUUGUAUAUUAAGUAGUGUGUAAACCACAUUUAUAACCACAUUUUUAGGACAAGAACUCAAUUUCCUUUAAUAAACUAGACUUUUUUCCCUUC